UGCUGUUAAAUGCAAAGGAGUAGGAGGACGAAGAAGAAGAGCCCACUGUGUCCUUACCUUAACGUGUACGGUUGGAUUACGGUUCGCCGUCGCUUUUGUCAAAAAAAGAGGCACAUGUUUACGUGAAACAUGUGUAAAGUCACAAUGUUGAGGGAGUUGGUGAAGCUUAAGCUACACGUAGCCGUCGAAGAGAUCUUCGAACUGUUCGAGAAGACGAUUGCGGAGUACGAGGAGGAAUUCCGUCGAAGCAAAGAAGCCCGCAAGCGUCGGCGUGAUGAGGAACCAGACGCCGUUCUCAAACCUCGUGCUCGACUGCGAAGAGGUACGGUUGUCCCCACAUCCUCAGGUUCACACUGUGUCUGGCCUGCGUCAGAGGGUACUGAGGAGGAGGCGGAACGGGGGGAGCCACCAGCCAAAAAAAACAUGAUGGAGGGGAGGAUGACGCUCAGGGCGAGUCAACGCAAGACGACGCAAGCCAAUGGGGGACCUUGUGAAGAUCCCCGCCCUCCACCGGACUACUUGGCUCCCAUCUCUGACACGGAAGGCCUGGCUUCAGACUCCGACAACAGCCCCGACAUCCGCCGCGCCAAACAGACGACGAAAAAGAAGUCCAAGUGCCGCGAAUGCGGUAAAACGUUUGCCCUCAAGGAAGAUUUGGAGAAACACGCGAAAACGCACAGCGGGAAGAAACCUUUGAAUUCCGCGGCUGUCGCUCAACCGUCCCAAGCCGUCGGAUCUUUUACCUGUUCGGUUUGCGAGAAGAGUUUCCCGAGUCGGGACGGUCUCGAAUCUCACUUGGGAACGCACGCCGAGGAGAAAGCGGCGCCCUGCGCUAGCUCCGGUCAACAAGUGACGACGAGAGCCGCCGGCGGACAACGGGACCAGUCGGCUCCAAAUCUGGAUAACGUGACGUCAACCUCCGAUCGCGAACGGGACGGCAAAGGACCUUCGCGGAAAAAGAAGUCAAAGUGUUCUCGCUGCGACCAAACAUUCGCCCGCAAAAGAGAUUUGAAGCGACACGCGAGAACGCACGCUAGGAAUCAACCUUCGAAUGCCGCUAAAGCAUCCGACGGAGUCGAAUCUUUCACCUGCUCGCUUUGCACGAAAACUUUCCCCAGCGGAGACCUUCUCAUACCACACAUGCGAACGCACCAAGAAGAGAAACCGGCGGCCUCCGGUAGUUCCCGUCAAGGCGCCGGGUCGAAAAGCAAAAAGCUCCGGUCACUCCCGGACAAGUCGGCGGCGGUCGCCAAACCGUCCGAUGAAUAUUUCGCCUGCUCGUUUUGUCCCCGAACCUUCACGACUCGAGACUUGCUCACGUCACACGAAAAAACUCACACCGAGGAGAAACCGGUCGCCAAAGCGUCUGCCGGCGUUCAAACUUUCAGCUGCUCCGUUUGCGUGGAAAACUUCUCGAGUCGAGAGCUCCUCAUAUCACACGUACAAGCGCAGCACACGAAAGAAGAACCGGUGGCGGCCUCCGGUAUUGCGCCUCAACACGGGGCGACGGAAGAUAAAAACGUCCACUCGCAGCCGGAUAAAUCGGCGCCGGUUACGAAACCGAACCUGGCCGAGAAAUAUUUCACCUGCUCGUUUUGUCCGAAAAUCUUCACCACCAGAGACUUUCUCAAUUCGCACAAACGGACGCACACCGAGCUGAAACCGCCCGCCUCCGCCGGCUCGAGUCGACGCAGCGCGCCGGAAAGUCAAAAGCUUCAGUCGCCGCCAAACAAGUCGGCGGCUGCGGCGGCGAAACCGUCCGAGGCCGAUGACUAUUUCGACUGCUUGGUUUGCUCGAAAAGCUUCACCACUCUCGACUUUCUCACGUCGCACUUGCAAACGCACGCGGGCGAGAAAAGGAGCCCUCGUCCAGGCCCGCCGUCGGACGCUAAAAAGCUCCACUCGCGACCGGACAAGUUGCCGGCGGCAACCGACAAGGACGUCCAGACUUCGGACUCUUCCGACUCCGACGACGGGGUUAAAAAAUCUUUGGACGAGAAGUGUUCGGAAAAUGGCGAGAUGUUCGUCCGCAAGGCGUACGUGGACGGCGGACGCACGGGAACGCAAACCGGAAAGAAGGCGCUGAAUGGCGCCGGUGUGACGAAACUCUUGGUGACCGUUAAAUCGCUCAACUGCUCGGUUUGUACGAAAACUUUUGUGAGUAAGGAAUUACUCGUUGCGCACAUGCGAGGACACGGCGGCGAAAAAGCGCCGCCCUCCGCUCGUCCGAGUGGCCGCGUCGUGACGACGGAAGAGAAGAAGGGAGAUCGCGGCGGAGGCGGGCAAUCCAGACCCGCGGGCCUCUUGGCUCCGCUGUCGGAUUCGGACUUGACGUCGGACUCGUCUGAAGAUGAGCCAGACGAUGACGGUGUUUCUGCGACGACGACUCAGAAGUCUUGACGGUGAAGAACGCGGCAAAAUAACGGAAGACCGAAACCUUUUUUUUUUUCUUGUUCGGUUGUCAAAAAUGAUUUGACCAUACGAGCCAUUUGAGCCAACAUUUGGUUGCGCGCAAUGUCGAGAAACCUGUUGCUUGCUAAUUUUAUUUUGAAAAGUUCAAUUUUCCGUGUUCAGUUCCUGUCCCGCCAAAAACUCCAAACUUGGGGUUAUGAAGCGUUUCAAUGUUUUUACCUGAGGAGUUCUAUAUUUAGUCUGUAUUUUGACUCGUUCAUUGCCAGUGACGUGUAUAGACGUCAAAAGAUAUAAACACUAUAUAUUUGUUUUCUUUAUUUUUUUUAAACUGGGCUGGUUGUGAACGAGUUGCUGACCGUAAUGGGAGGAGGACACUACAGCAAAUGGACAGACACUGUGGUGUCACGCCAAAUUCUGCCCCCACCCCCUCCCCAUACCGUUCGAUUGAUCGGCUCUAAACUCUUCUUACACUGCCAAAUGAGACGUUACAAUUGUAGCUCCGUGACGUUCAAGGUUGCCUGAAAUUGUUCCUGGCCUGUUCCUCGAAUAUCUCUUUUCUGGACUUUCCCCCGGAUGAAAAACUUGACUUCAAGUCCACGUGCGGCUGCUGGCCUUGCGUUUUCAGAAUAACGCCGCCAAUGUGUUUUGCCCAUGACAUAUUCCAUCCCGAUUCUCGGCAUUGAGCGGAGUCUAGUUAGACAUGUCAUUCUCUCAGUUGUGCUUCAGCCUUUGUGCGCUGUAUGACCAUGUCUGUGUUUUAAUGUUUUCAUAAAUCUGUUAUUUGUUAUCUGUAGUUUAGUCAAUAAAUUCUUACUUUCUUAAGAA